AUGGAAGGAGAGAUGCAGGAGCUUCGGAAGUUGCAAGCUUGGCAGGUUCCACCGCAUUCUGUGUGUAGCCCAAAUUGCCGUCCUGGAACCAGAAAGAAAAAGAAGGAGGGGGAGAAAUUCUGCUGCUAUGAUUGUGCUCCAUGUCCCCAAGGAAGGAUUGCUUCCCAGAAGGACAUGAAUGACUGUAUUGGAUGCUCAGAAGAUCACUAUCCAAACAAGGACCAAACACAAUGCAUUCCAAAGACAAUAAGCUUCCUGACUUUUGGAGCACCACUUGGGAUGUGCAUAGCAUUUCUCUCUCUCCUUUUCUUUCUGCUCACACUUUUGGUCCUAGUAAUCUUUGCUAAGCAUCGGGACACACCACUCGUCAGGGCCAACAAUCGAGAUCUGACCUACACUCUGCUCACGUCUCUCCUCCUUUGCUUUCUCUGCCCCUUCAUCUUCCUCAGUCCUCCAGACACAGUGACUUGCCUUCUCCGACAAAUGACUUUUGGUGUCGUUUUCACUGUGACCGUUUCUUGUGUGUUGGCUAAAACCAUCACUGUUGUUCUGGCCUUUGUGGCCACCAAACCAGGAUCCAGAAUGAGGAAAUGGGUGGGGAAAAGACUGGCAAGCGCCAUUGUGUUGACUUGUACUAUUAUCCAAACUGGUAUUUGCACUGUGUGGCUGGGAACCUCUCCCCCAUUUCCUGAUUUUGACAAGCAUUAUGUGAUGGGAGAAAUCAUUCUGGAAUGCAAUGAAGGAUCAGCUGCCAUGUUUUACUGUGUCUUGGGCUACAUGGGCUUCCUGGCCAUUGUCAGCUUUGUUGUAGCAUUUUCAGCCAGGAAACUGCCUGACAGUUUUAAUGAAGCCAAAUUUAUCACCUUCAGCAUGUUGUUGUUUUGUAGUGUUUGGAUCUCCUUUGUUCCAGUCUACCUGAGCACCAAGGGAAAACACAUGGUGGCUGUGGAGAUCUUCUCUAUCUUGGCCUCCACUGCUGGCUUAAUGGGUUCCAUCUUUGCCCCCAAAUGCUACAUUAUUAUGCUGAGGCCCGACCUGAACAUCAGAGAGCAAUUAAUGAGAAACUGAAUUAGAGAAAAACAUAAUUUUAGA